AUGGCACGUCAAAAGAUGGAGUUGGAUAUGCUCAGGCAGCAGUUCGAAAUGAAUAUUAGAGAUAAGGAUAAAGCUUAUCAAAUGAGAGAACAGAAUCUAGCGCAGUAUCUAUCGGAAGAGCAGCAAAAAAUGCUAUCGUUAUGGGAUGAGCUGCAGCGGAUUCGCGCCGAAUUCGCCCAAUAUCGCGACGAGACCGAACGCGAUCUGGAAUCGCAACGCAACGAGUUCGUGAGGGUAUCGAAGGGUGUUGGGGGCAUCGUCCGAAAAUUGAGUCUAAAUGCGUUUAAUGUGGUGGACGGUGGAGGCAAAGACACUGAAUUAAUAGAAGCCCUAAAGCGUUUCCAAGAGCAGAUCGCCUCACCACGGGAUCAGAGUAAAGUAUCUGAUGAGCAUGAUACACUGAUGAAA